CAGUGCUUAGCUCUCCCCAAAUACCGCUUCUCUAUUAGUCAAAUUGCCUACCUUCAAUCUUUAAUCAACAAGCGCAAAGUAUCAGGCUAUCAACAUGGUUAUCGGUCUCCUAGCAAUUACCGCCAUCCCCACCGUCACCGGCGUGGCCAUGGGGGUGAGUGAACAGCGCAAAGCAAAUGAGAGGAAGAAUGAUGAGCGACGCAUGGCAAAGUUCAAUAUCGAUGUCGCACCACCACCAAAUGAGGAACCUGACGAUGAGGUUCAAGGGUUACGGGUGGUGCUGAGGGACUUCAAGGUUUAUCUUGAUGAUCCUGUGCCCUCGAAGCGAAAAGUCCCCGCGCACACCGCGGCAGCGUUUUAUAUUGAGUACCCAGAGCCAGACCAUAUGAAGCACCUCAAGCGGGGUUUUGGAUUGGCGACCACUAUUUCAGAUAACCCGCCGAUGUUGGGUUGGCUAUACGCCGAUACUAAUACACAUGAAAUGAAGUAUGGAAACCGAUCAUCGAGUUGCGAUCAUGUUGUUGGGCCGUGGGAUUGGGAGGAUGAGGAGACCACGGUGACACUGGAGGAGAACAGACAAUUUGUGGCAGUGCAAGAAGACGAUGGCUGUUGGGCGCUAUACUACGAUCGCGAUGGCGAUGAUCUGGAGCGUGUAUUGGAGGAACAGGGCAAAUUGGAUAAUGAUUUCCAACCCUUAAGAUUGAAGCGGAACCUGAUUGAACAGCCUGUACAAAAAACAAAAAAUGAUAAUUCGUGA